AAAGGCAUUUUGGAGGAGAAAAAAAAAAUAAUAAAAAAAUCUUUGGAUUCUUGACCAUGGAUGGAGAAAUCGGCACAUUCUUCAUGAUUUGGGCCUCCAUUUUCACACUUGCUAUCUACUGUUAUUAUGUGGCCGAAACUGCACCGGAAGGGUUGGUAAGGCUGGUCAUGUUUCUGCCAGUAAUUUUUCUCUUUACCGUGUUGCCUUUCAAGCUUAACUCAGUCCAUUUAGGCUGUCCAACUUUCUUCUUCAUUUCUUGGCUUGCCAACUCUAAGCUCCUCCUUCUGGCCUUCGGCACCGGCCCAUUAUCAUCCGGCCCACCAUCACUUUCCUUAAUCCCCUUUGUGCUCUUCACUUGUUUCCCACUUAACAUCCAACGAAACAAGGUUCCGAAAGGGGAAAGACAAAUUAGAGACCCUUUACAUUUUGCUAACUGCGCAAUCGGCGUAGCGAUUUUGCUCUAUUUGGGCCAAAACAGGGAUCGGUUGCAUCGAAAAGUCUUCUUGUUGUGCUCUACUAUGUACAUUUAUUCUGGAUUAGACCUUAUGCUUAGCGUUGUAACAUUAAUUGGCGAAAUAUUAUUAAGUGUAGAACUCGAAUCGCCCUUCAACAAUCCUCUUAAAUCUACUUCUUUGAAGGAUUUUUGGGGUCGAAGGUGGAAUAGAGUAGCUUCCGAAAAUCUGCGUACAGUUGUGUUCUGGCCCAUUUAUAACUACUCAACAUCAAGGAAAGUUGGGCAUAAGUGGGCUCUAGUAAAUGCUUUAAUUGCGACCUUUUUCAUGUCGGCCUUUAUUCAUGAACUUUUGAUGUACUAUUUGGGUCGUACCUGGCCCACGUUUAGAAUUACGAUGUUUUUCAUCUUUCAUGGGGUGUGCCUGGUAGUUGAGGCCGCAGUAACAAGUAAAUUCACUGGGAAAUGGACAAGGUCAAUGUCCAAGAGUGUUGUUACAGGGCCGUUAAUUUUCGGGUUCGUUAUCGGCACGGCAAUGUGGCUGCUGGUUCAAGAUAUGGCGGAUCAUAAGGUUGAAGGAAGAGUUGUGGAGGAAUGGAUUGCCUUUGGUGCAUUUUUGAAGGAUUUGGGAACUUUUUUGGUUAGAAAGUUGUUGGCACUGUGAAAGAUUCUCGUAUGUUUCCUACUUUAUUUGUGUGAAAUUUUUCUUCAGCAAUCAGAAUGAUUAUUCGUUCAAAUUGACGUACGCGUG